UAUGCAGUUCCAUGAGAAUCCACUAGGUGGUAGUGUGGGCAGAUAGGAGUAUGUUGCGCAGGCGCAGUGUGUGGUACGGAAGUGAUGCGGUGACACUUUUUCGGUUGCCGGGGAGCUGAGAAGCUGCGUUGUAACAUGGCGGGGGAGGAGGUGACAUCGUCUCCAGGAGAGUCUACCAACGAGAUAGUGACCGUGGCGGAUCUGUCUGGCCAGGGCCUGCAGAAGCUGAGCACCUCAUUGCCAUGUGGAGCAGAAACUCGCACUCUGAUUCUGGACAAAAAUCAGAUCAUCAAAUUGGAGCAUCUAGAGAAAUGCAAAAAUCUUACCCAGCUCUCUGUGGCCAAUAACCGCCUUGUUCGGAUGAUGGGAGUUUCAAAACUGGUCCAUUUGCGAGUAUUAAAUCUACCUCACAACAGUAUAGGAUAUGUGGAAGGACUCAAAGACUUGGUGCAUUUGGAAUGGAUUAAUCUUGCAGGAAACAAUCUGAAGGUUAUAGAUCAGAUAAACAAUUGUACAUCCCUGCAGCAUCUGGACUUAUCAGACAAUAACAUAUCUCAGAUUGGUGAUCUCUCCAAGUUAUUGUGUCUUAAGACCUUACUCCUGCAUGGCAACAAUAUCACCUCUUUACGCACAGCUUCCACCAGCCUUCCCCAUAAUUUGUCUAUAUUGUCACUGGCAGAGAAUGAAAUCAGAGAUCUGAAUGAGGUGUCGUUCCUUGCAAGCCUCUCUGAACUAGAACAGCUGUCAAUCAUGAACAAUCCCUGUGUAAUGGCCACUCCAUCUAUUCCUGGUUUUGACUACAGGCCAUAUAUUGUCAGCUGGUGCUUGAACCUGAAGGUUUUAGAUGGAUAUAUAGUUUCUCAAAAAGAAAGCUUAAAAGCAGAAUGGCUUUACAGCCAAGGCAAAGGAAGAUCAUACCGACCAGGCCAGCAUGUUCCACUUGUGCAGUACUUGGCAUCCGUGUGUCCCCUGACAUCUGCACAUGGUCUACAAACAGAGGAGGAUGCCAAGCUAGAAAAAAUUUUGUGCAAACAAAGGUUACAUCAGAGGCAGCUAAUGCACCAGAUUCCGAAUGAGACCCAUCUCUCUUCAACUCCCAGUAAAAGAUCCUAUUCUUCUGCUGAGCAGCAGAGCCCAACUCGGAGUCUUCAUCGAUCUCAUAAUAGUGAACCAGUGGUCAAUGUGGACACCUGGCUUGGCACAAGUAAUUCAGAAGACAGAUCCUACACCUCAAGAAAUGUUUCCUCUAGUCCUCAUUCUGGGCCGUCACAUUAUCACAACCUUUAUCUUGAAGACAUCCAAACUGAUGAGGACAAGCUGAAUUGUAGCCUUCUUUCCUCUGAGUCUACUUUCAUGCCUGUUGCUCCAGGUCUGUCCCCUGUGUCUCCCACUGCAGAGCUUAGGGUGCCUGGCAUAACAAAUGACGUAAGUGCCAAUAACACAGUGACAGAAAUGAGCAAAGGUAUUUCUGAGAAUUUAGAUGAAAAAGAGACUAAAGUUGGCACAACAGGGAGCAGCUUCAAUAUUCAGUCUACUGAACUCCUGAAAGAAUAUAAUAGCUAUCACUCCUCUUGUGACAGUGUUACAGAGUACAUCCAGCAAUCCAGUGCUUCCUCCUCUUACAGUGAUACAGUAGACGGCAAAGCAUUACAGAUGCAAGAUAAAGACACAGACCGCUUACGUUGUAUGAAUAAUGCCGCAACAAAACUGCAGUCGUACUGGAGAGGCUUUUAUGCAAGGAAACAUAACUCCAAAGUAAAAGAAGUACGAUAUGAGAUCAGACUAAGCCGAAUGCAGGAGCACAUUGUCUAUCUCAGUCAAGAAGUCUGCAGGUUGAAGAAAGAAAGAGAUGAGGAACGGAUGCAGAGGCUUGUACAAGAGGAAGCUCUCCAGUAUUUAUGGGACCAGGUUCGGUCCAUCCAAGAAUGGCAAAACAAAGUAAGUGACCAGAUUUAUUGUUUUUCAAAGUCUGAUGUCCUUCCAUCUGGGGUGUCAGCAGCUCAGCACUCAUCUUCAAAUGAAUCUGCUCCUAAAACCUCAAGCAGAAAAACCACCCCUGACAUUCCAGACUCGGGUUUCCAUUCCAUUAAUAUAGAGCAAACUUCUCAUCCGGAAAUGAGCAGUUCUGAGCAAAGCUCCACUGUGGGAAGUGGGUCUUCUGAGCAAUCUCUGGAAACAGUAAAACAUUAUGAACAACCAUUACCCAAUUUCAUAGAAGAUCAUGAGACAACAGCCCAAGAUCACAGUGAACAUAGCAAGGAUGAUUCCAUUAUAGAACAAGACAACAGUCUCCUGCAGCAAUAUCUAGAUACAGUACAGCAACUUGAGCAAGCGGAGGACAACACAAGUCUAAGUGAUGUGACUGAGGAAAGUAGACCUGAAGUUAGCAACAGUUCAGUAUACACUGAUUCCCUCUCCAGUAGCUUCAGUCAUGAUUGUGAGGAUGGGAAGAAGCUUAGCGUUGACACACGUGAAGAGGUCUGUCAAUCCUCUGAAGCACCAAGCUUGCUAGCAACACAGGACACUUGUACUGAAGAACCAGAGGGAGAAUAUCUGCAGUAAGGCGAGGCUUGUCCUGCUGCAUUCUUGGUCUCGUCCAUGUACAGUAGUAGGCUUUUCUGGAAAUGGAAGGUGAAUCCUAGCUGGUGUACUCCUACAUACAGAUCGGGGGUUAUGAUGAGUGAUCAUCAAGCUUUGGUUAGGUAGACCUAAGAUUAGAGAUCUUUUUUCCAAAAUACGCAGCACCAAUAAAGAUACAGACCAUAUUAAUUCACAUUCCAUAGUCUAGAUAAUAGUGGCACAUCUUCUUUGUACAAUAUCAGAAAAGAUUAGUAACAUGUCUGUUUAUUGUUGAUUGACUUCUGUCAUGCUUAUGAGUGGUUUGUCACGUGCAACAUAUUGUAAUAUUGAUAGAAAGGAAAUACCCUUGCUGCCACUUCCAAAAAGAGUAGCUGGUUUGUCAAAAAACAUGACAGAAGCAGAAACAUUAAUUAACAAGAAUGGAAAUGUAGAUCUCAACAGCUUAAUUAGAUGUUACCAUCAGCUCUCCCUACUAUGUAUAGUUAUGCUUCAUCAAUAGUCAAUCAGCCUUCUCCAACUUCUCUAAAACAGUUACCGGGGACAAAUCUUUAUCAUUUCUAUAACAGAAAUAUGAUCACUUAAAAGAGUUGUUUCAUCAUAGACAAGCCCCCCUCAGGAUGUGACCACAGGGGUGAAAAGCUGAUUUAUCCCUAGCACUCUUGGCAGACAGUUUAUUUUACUGUAGGUAGCCAUAAUCAGCCUGCUGAAGAGGAAAUGUAGUGUUACAUUGUGACAAAUAAAAUAGCCAUUCUUGUAUUAUUCCACACGUUAAAUCUGACAGAAAGGGAGCUGUUUUUACAGAGCAAUUCUCCAUUCUGGCUCAUAGAGGCAGAGGUGUAACUUUAAAAGGGUUAUCCAGGAUUAGAAAAUCAGAGCAAAUUUGUUCCAAAAACAGCACCACACCUGUCUUCAUGUUAUGUGUGGGAUUACAACUUUGCUCCAUUCAUUUCAAUGGAACUGAGCUGCAAUAUCACAGGACAGAUGUAGUCCUGCUUUUGGAAGAAAUCAGCACUGUUUUCUAAUUCGGGCUCCUGGUCCCCACCUGCCGUGUGCCAUUUAUAAACCCUGUUUUCUUGUGUGGCAGAGGGGUCUUUGGACUGCUCAGGCAUCUGGACCCAGGUGCAACUACUACCUACACCCCUGUAGAGAGUGGUCCUAAUAAGGAUCGAAUAAGUCAUAUGGGCAAGGAUUGUCAGCACAAUAGGAAGGAAGAGAUGUCUCACUGACAAGACUUUUAAUGAGACAAUGCAAAGGUCAGCAGGUAUAAGCUGGCUGGGCUGUGACAGCAGCAGUGGCAUGGAUCACACUGAAAUAAUUUUGCCUUCAGAUUGCUUCAGCCCAGGGCUUUUACUGUAAGUCCAGCCCACAGCAUAAAGGCAAAAUUGGGCGUAGUGAACGUAAUCCAGUUUGUCCUCAUUGCUUGAGUUGUUGUCUGCCUAUGCAUGUGCUGCUGUGAUUUGUAUAAUGCUUGAUAUACUAAUUUUUCAAAGCACAUUUAUACUAUUGUAUUUAUAAAGUUUGUUGGCGUUUUCCAUAUUAUUGUGAAUCGACACAGAUGUAUUUACAACAGAGCACACUAGUGGGGAAGCUGGCACUCCCAGUAUGCUAGCUGUCAGGACAUGCUAGAAUAGGAGUAAGUCUUUCCACAUACCUGGAAAUCUAAAAGUUUUAUACCACUGUCUGAAUCACAAUCCUACCAUGCAUGCACUGGUAAACUACUAGUUAAUGCUGGGCUCUGCUCAGAUUUGCAGAUGAGCCACCGGCAGGGGUUUUGAGAUUUUCAUUCCAUUUGACCAGAAUAGUAUCAUGGGGGUCACUGGGAUCCAUCAGUCAUUACAAAUGGAAGCCAUGAUGCUAGUGUGAACACAGCUUAAAUAGUGUAUAGGCUUCUAAGAAUAUUAUUUAUUGAAGAGGAAAGCAGACUUUCAGAGAAAUAUUUUAAAGCUUUCAUGAAAAAUAUUUUGUAAGAAAUUGCUGAGAACAGUUGUACAUUUGAGUGCAUGUAUUAUUUAAAACCUUAUUUUAUCACAUAUAGUGUGUAUUUUUUUAGUGUGCAAAUCUGUUUUUCAUUUUAAGCAGUAAAACAAGCUUAUGAUGACAAGCAAACCAUUAAAGGUUAUUUUUAUAAU